AUGCGAUGGCCUGCCUCGAGGCGGUGCUCCCAGCAAGGAACCCCACAUGUGCUUCUUGGAGCAAAGCUGAGGGAUGCUUUCCUUCAGUUCCGCUCGGCGGAGCAAGAACGGGAGGCGGAGGAUUUCCAGCUGCUUCAUAAGAUAUGGAAGAAAAGCCGCAAGCAGCUUCAGGACCGCAAUAAACGUGGGAGAUCCUCUUUGAAAACUUUUGCGGCCAUGGCCCAACAUGCCUUGGGUGGAAAUAUCCCUCGAGGGGUUUGGGUUCGCGAUCGUGCAAGAUCAUGGUGGGAGACCGAAGUCUUGCAACACUCGGACGACGACCUUUGGCUGGCCAACUUCCGUAUGACUCGGGCUACCUUGUACGAAACGGCUGAUCUCCUUCGUCCCCAUCUUGAAAGACAAGGAACCAACAUGCGUAGUGCCAUCCCAGUAGAGAAGAGGCUGGCUGUUGCUGUGUGGUGGCUGGCAACAAUGGAGUGUUACCGGGAGGUGGCGGUGAACUUCGGACUGGGAAAGUCUACCAUUGGGGAGAUUGUCGUGGAGGUCUGCCUCGCGAUAGAGCAUGUUCUUCUGUCCAGAACUGUCAAUAUUGGAAAUCCUCAGGAGAUUAUGAAUGGCUUCCUGAAAAUGGGUUUCCCGCAGGUGGUUGGGUUGGUCGAUGGAUGUCACAUUCCGAUAAUGGCUCCAGCGGGACAGGGAGAGGAAUAUAUCAACCACAAGGGUUUUUACUCCAUUUUACUGCAAGGGACUUGUGACCAUACUGGUCGUUUCAUUAACAUCGAGGUGGGUUGGAGUGGCCGGAAUCAUGAUUCUUUUGUUUUCCGCAAUUCUGCCAUCUUCCAAGUGAUGGAUGCCGGACUGUUCGUUCCUGGCAAUCCCAGCAUAACUAUCCGGGGUGUCCUGGUUCCUCCCCUCAUCCUUGCUGAUGCCGCCUACCCAAUGCACCGUUGGCUCAUGAAGCCCUACGGGGGCCAUCUAGACAAUUUCCAGAUGGGUUUCAACCGGGUGUUCAACCGCUGCAGAAAUGUGGUGGAAAGAAGUUUUGGGCAUUUAAAGUCAAGAUGGAGACGUCUCACCGCUCGGCUCCCUGUGGCUGAAGAAAAUUAUGUUAGUGUUGUCACUUCCUGCGUUGUGCUGCGCAACAUCUGCGAGAGCCGCGGACACAUUCUCCACGAGGAAAUUGACGUGUCUGACCAAUUGGAACUACCUGCAUAUGAGGAGCAGUCCCGGCGAAGUGACAACUCAAAUUGCGUCCCACAACAGCAGACCCGCUAUCCUCUGGAGAGGAAGAGGUGUUGGAGGAAAACCCAGAAGAAUUGCCAUGAACUCUGCAUGUCCCCUUGCUGCCGCUCUGUCCCUCCUACGACUGUCCUCUUUCGCUUCGUCCAGUAUCGCAAGAAGGAGGGCCUCCGUUCGGCUUCCUUUUGGCCUCCUCCUCCGAAUCUCUGCCAAACGAACAGCGGGGGACAUGGUCACAGUGGGGUUGUGUACAGCUGGGUCUGUGAAUGGAGCAGCGCCAAAAGUUAG